AUGAGCAACAACACUGAGCAUGAUUAUGAAACAAUAGAAUCGUUGAAAGAGGAGAUUGAAAUUAUAGAUAGACACAAAGAUGAAUAUAGAGAACCAAAGAGUUUCAAUGCUGUAGCGUUCGACUAUACAGAAGAGAAUGAAAGAGCAACAUUUUCUCUUGGUCGACAACCUAAGCUAUCAAAGAUUAACGAUGCCAACACAAAAGAAUUGACUCCACAACAACAAAAACUAAUAGAUUUAAAAAAGAAAUUAGUAAGUACAGCAAAUGAAGCAAAAAAGAAUAUAUACAAAUCGGUUGUAGAUGAACAUAGUAGAAUACACAACGGACCUAUGAAUGAAUCCGAAGAGAAAAAGAAAUUGUUUGAAGAGAAGAAGCGACAGGAAGAAGAGGAAAUUAAAAAGGAAGGGGGUGAUCCAGAGAGAGAGAAGCUAAAGAAUGCUUUAGCCUCGGAUUUAGAGAAUAAAGCAAAGAAGAAAGGAAAUAAAAAGUUUGAAGGUGUACAUAAUAAACAAUCCGAUUCACAUAUUUAUAAUUCAUAUAAGAAGAGAGUCAAAGAGAUGGAGUCAUUUAGGAAUUCCGAACAUUAUAAGGAGUUUGUAGAUAAAGAUCAGAUCAACAAUGAAACAGAGUAUGGAAAACAUGGAUUUGUACCAGAAGCAAAUGUUAAUGCAAUGAAACAAGAAUUAUUGAAACAUCAAAUGGAAAGAAGAAAUAACUUUAAGAAGAGAGGAACCAAUCCUGAUGAGGAUGUCAGUUGGAUCAACGAACAAAAUAGAGUGUUUAACAAAAAGGUUUCAAGAGCCUACGACAAAUACACAUUGGAGAUUCGUCAGAAUUUGGAGCGUGGUACAUCUCUUUAA